AUGGUGACGGAAAUGGAGAAACAUAAGGAGCAAAACACGAAAAGACAAAUUAAGGACAUAAUCAUAAAAAUGAGAGCACAACUUACCAGGAUGGAGGAAAAAAAUCUGAUAGAAUGGCUGGAAAACCAAAACGAAGAACCAAUAAGCUCGGUAAAAGAACAAAACAUUAUAAAAGACAACCAGAAGUGCCCUAGCUGCCAAAGAAAAGUGGCACAAGCUCUCACGGAGCUGGGCGAGUGCGACAAUUUUGCGACCUGGACGAAAAAAAGCGAGAAAACAUGGGAGGAAAACAUAUUUACGAACACUGAAAUAGUAGUUGGAAAUCCUUUAGCUACAAAGGACGAGAUCGUAAAGGUGGUACUGGUAGGGACAAGUGAAGCAAACAUGGACAGAGGGGUACAGAAAAUCUACAGGGAUAGGUAUCCAGAACUGGAACAUAUAAAAGAGGAUUUCGGCAUGCUAGAACAAGAUUUCCGAAUCAGAACCAAAACGACGAAUACAACAAAAACAAGAAAAAUAAUAAAACUAACUCACAACGAAACAGAAGAAGAUUUGUAUAAUAAAAUAUCCGACCUAAAAACAGAAUUGGUGACGGAAGAAGGGGUGAUCCUCCAUAAAGUAGAAUGUGUGCAACAAACCCGAUUCCGGAAAAUGGUAGAGGCCAUCUUCCACGGAACAUCAACAACGGCAUACAUCUACACAAAUAAAAAAGUAGAUACUGCCAGUGAGAAACCGCGAAGACAAGGGAGAGACUCAUAUGCAUUGGUAGUAGAAAAUGCGGGGAAAACUUUUAGUGAGAGCCUGACAGAAAUUAAGGCUAUACUAAAGACAAAUAAUGCGGAAAAAGGAAUUAGAGGAAUUAGAAGCACCAGGGAAGGAAAACUUCUUAUCACAACAGAGAAGGAUAAACAAACGGUGAGCAAGAUAUACAAGGCCUUGGAAACCAUGGAUAAUAAUGGCAACAACAAAAUCAGGAAGCUAGGGGGGGAACUAAACAGAGAAACCAUACAUAUAAGAGGUCUAGAUGCCGUAACAGAAAAAAGGGAAGUGGAGGAAGCCCUAAGGACAAUUAUUCCAGAACUGGAUAACCUAGAUUACAAACUUGGAGACCUGAGACCAAUACGGGGUUCCUUAGGCGAGAAUCCUUUUUCGACCCCUGCGAAGAGGAAACUAGGUGACAUGUCCAUCACGUCGGAAAGCGCAGACGACACCCACAAGAAAAAACUAGGAAACACGACCACCAGGACGGAAAGCGCAGAAGACAAGAGGAAAGAGAACCCAGAAUAUGUACUCCUCACUGAAGCAAUCUCCAGGAUAGACGCACUGAGCCUGGAACUAGAGAACAACAUCGAACAGAACACAAAACGACGCAUCAAAGAAUUGGCGGUAGCUUUGAAGAAACAAAUGAAAAUACUGAAGAAGACCCAAAUCACCUCUUGGCUGAAUGAACACAGAUACACCAGAGAAUUUGGAACCCAAACCGACUUUGGGGAGAUUCCGAAAUUAAUUGAGCUAGAAGAAAUAAAAACUAAAAAAGAAAUAUUCACAAUCUUGGAAUCCGGAGGUGGAUUUCAAGAGCUAGCCCCAAAACUGGAUUCUCCAUGGCCGGAAGAUAUAUACAAAAUCACGGCAAUAGAGGCAGGUAACCCCAUAAACGCGCACACGGAUUAUGAUAUUGUCAUAAUGGCAAACCCAGAAGAAGGAUGUGACACCGGACUGCUUAAACAGGUGAAACACAGGUUCCCUGAGCUAGCAGAACUAAUGCUCGAGGACAGCAAAGACAUAGAGUACAUAGUCAAUACAUCCAGACGGUCUAGGCAGACAGCCACCUUGGAAAGAUUCCUCUACGCCAUCCCACAGAAAGAAAUAGUCCCCGAAAUCAUCUUCAAGAAGACGCAGAGGCUAAUGGAACUGACAACACGAGCAAAGAGGAAGAAACUCCUAAUAGCAACUGACGGAGGAAUAAAUACAGCAUAUCUAAGAAAGAUGAUAGAAUUCUUAUACAGAAAGGAAGAGGUAGAAUGGAGGAUACUCACACCUAAGGAAGUCCGAAAGAAUACACUGGAAAGACAAACAUCAAAUCGACCGCGCAGCCAAUAUGACACUGUAAUUAUAAACUCACAGGGGAAAUCAUACGUCGAUACACUCAAGGAAAUAAAAAAGACAGUAGAGAUAGGAAAACUGGGGAUCACGGUAUCUUCACUGAAAAAAUUAGGGGACAGCUCAGUAUGCCUUAAAAUUGCAAGGAGGGAAGAGGAAAAGAAUGACGCUAAUCGACUAAUGAACGCAGUCCAGAGUGCAAUGAAAGACACAAGCGUGAAAGUCAAAACUAACGAAGAUGUAUACUAUAUCAUGGGACUCGAUGGAGCGAGUUCCGGAGAAGAGGUGAUACAGGCAGUGCUAGGGGAGACUGGAAUAGAAAGGCAGCAUAUAACUCUGAAAGCAUUAAAAAUGGACAAAAAUGACAACCAGAUCGCCACCAUAGGCAUAAGGAUGGAAUCCAAACAUAACAUCCCGAGCAUGGGGAAAAUAAAGAUUGGAUGGACUACAUGCACAAUAAAGCAGAGAGUGUACUUAGCGAGAUGCCAUAAAUGCCUGGAAUUUGGACACAAGACCACGGAUUGCAAGGGGGUCAACAGAGCUAGACAAUGCCUGAACUGCGGCGCAAAUGAUCACCAGGCGAAGGAGUGUAAAGGGGAACCAACAUGCUUUGCCUGCAGUGCCAAGCGGCACAGAACGGACAACACGGGGUGCCCCACGUACAGGAAACUACUAGAAUCCCACAGAAGGGAACUUACGAAAAGAGGAACAAGUUAA